AUGAAGUUUCUCACUCCCAUCACUCAUUAUCUUGCUAUUGUGGCCAUAUCUAUACCCAUUGUACAAUCCCUGCCAUAUCUUCCAGAGGAAGCAGACUGGAAUCUCAAUCAAAACCAGACCGCGACACAUCCCCUCGACUACUCGGGUCGGUGGGAUGACCACACGUACAACCCCUCCCCGGAAAACUGGCGAUUCCCCUUUUACACAAUAUUCCUCGACAAGUUUGUGAAUGGUGAUCCAAGUAACGACAAUGCGAAUGGCACACAAUGGGAACAUAUCUUGACCUCCAACGAGUUCCGCCAUGGCGGCGACGUUCUCGGGCUGGUUGAUACAUUUGAUUAUCUCCAGGGAAUGGGAAUAAAGGGCGUUUAUCUCGCUGGAACUCCGUAUAUCAACUUCCCGUGGGCUGCAGAUGGCUACUCGCCACUGGACCUGACUCUGCUAGAUCAUCACUUUGGUACGAUCGAGGAUUGGCGCACAAUGAUAUCCGAGGCGCAUCGACGUGGCAUCUAUGUUCUUUUUGAUAAUACAUUCGCAACAAUGGGCGAUCUUAUUGGGUUUCAGGGUUUCUUGAACAAGUCUGCGCCAAUCAAUCCUAACGAAUACGACUAUGUAUGGAAGUACGACCGCCGGUACUGGGACUUCCAACCUGGAAACGAAGUUGAGAGUGAAUGCCUUUGGGACUUUCCUCGAUUCUGGGAUGAUGACGGAACCGGUUUGACCACCACAACCCUUGGUCCUUCAUGUCGAAACAGUGAAUUUGAUCAGUACGGAGAAGUUGCCGCCUUUGGAAAUUACACCGAAUGGGAAGGUCAGAUUGCCAAAUUCGCAUUUGUGCAGGAUCGUCUACGUGGAUGGCGGCCAGACGUGCUUGCCAAAAUCAAACACUUCUCGUGUUUGACCAUCACCAUGCUUGAUAUCGACGGAUUCCGUGUCGACAAAGCCCUACAGGUAACCCUUGACUCUCUUGGAGAAUGGUCCGAGCAUAUGCGAGAUUGCGCAAAGCAGGUUGGAAAGGAUAACUUUUACAUUCCUGGAGAGAUUGUGGCUGGAAACUCCUUUGGCUCGCUUUAUAUUGGUCGCGGUCAACAGACAAACCAAACCAAAUCUAAUCUAACGGAAGCAUUCCUGAUGACGAACAAGACGCACAAGUCAGAGGAGGAUCUGUUCUUGAGACCCCCGGAGAGAUCCGCGUUAGACGGGGCAGCGUUCCACUACUCGUUAUACCGCGGUCUAAGUCGGUUUUUGGGUCUCGACGGUACUUACACUGCCGAAGGCGACCCGCCAGUCAACUUUGUGGAGAGCUGGAACGAUCUCGUGGCGACUAACGAUAUGAUCAACACAAAUACCGGUGUUUUCGACCCUCGUCACUUGUUUGGUGUCACCAACCAGGAUGUCUUCAGGUGGCCAGGAAUCAAAAACGGGACCCACAAGCAGAACUUAGGUCUGUACGUUGCUUCGUUGAUCAUGCCUGGGAUCCCCAUUCUUUCCUGGGGCGAGGAACAGGAUUUCUACGUAUUGGAUAACCAGGCCGACAACUACGUGUUCGGUCGUGGACCUAUGUCAUCUGCCCAAGCAUGGCAGAUGCACGGAUGUUACAAGCUGGGGUCAUCGAAAUACGUGGAUUUCCCGCUCGAACGCUCCCUGACCGGAUGCGAAGAUGACAACGUCAGUCUUGAUCAUCGCGAUCCUUCUCACCCGGUGCGAGGUCUCAUUAAGAUGAUGUUCGAGAUGCGUGAAAACUAUCCUGCUUUGAACGAUGGCUGGUACCUCCAGCAAUUGUCAAGCCAGACGUUUGACAUCUACCUUCCAGGCAGUAAUGGAACACCGACCGAGACUGGCAUGUGGAGUGUUAUGAGAUCCCGUUUUGUGGAUGAACAGAACUUCGAUGGUCAAGGCCAGGGAAAUCAGAGCGUCUGGCUGGUAUAUUCCAAUGACAACAAAACAGUCGAGCACGAUUUCAACUGCAGCAGCAAGGAUGCUUUGAUCUCACCAUUUCCCGCGGGAACAAGUGUCAAAAACCUCUUUCCACCGUUCGAGGAAUUGACUCUGGUGAAUAGCUCGACUUCGCUUGGAUUUGAAGGGUCUAAAGUUCCCAAUGGGUGUUAUCCCAAACUUACGAUUCCGGCGUGGGGCUUCAAAGCCUUUGUCCCGAAGGAUAAAUUCGUGCAGCCUUCCCCAUAUGUGACAAGCUUCUCUCCUGGGCAUGAUGCUCGACUUUUGCCUCAGGGAACAAGUGGGGAGACGAUUCGAAUCGGCUUCGAAUUUUCUCAGGAGAUGGACUGCAGCGAUAUCACAAACUCGCUGACAACCACCUCCAAAACGCUUGACAACCAAAGCCCGGAAUUUGACACAACGUCGGUUUCUUGUACUUCAAUCGAAGAAACUGAAAUCGUGACAUGGCCUGGGGCAUUUACUAGCGUUUUCAGGUAUGAGGUGGAUUUGGGUAAUGUCUUUCCAGGAGUUCACCAAGUCACGCUUAACAACGUGACGACAGCCGAUAGAACUCAGUUCACAGGUUCCGUCGACCACUUUCUAUUCCGUAUCGGAGAGAUAAACAAUCCGAUGGUUUGGCCACGCUUGGCCAACUACAGCAGAACUCUGCUGUUCGAUAAUCCAUCGUCCGAGACUAAUCCCUUAUCAGUCAUGCCACAAGCUCCUGGUGCAGACAUGUGGCGCUACUCGCUGGAUUUUGGUGCUACAUUCAGUGCCUGGAUGACAUACAGCGGUUUCAAUACGUCCAUCCCCGGCAAAAGCUGGAGCGGCACUACAAAACAGGCGUGGGAAGGAGAACAUAUCCUUGCCCAAUACUGGAGCAAGUUGACCGGAAGUAGUGCUCAUUGGCAGCAUGGAGACACACAAUGGGCGUACAAACCCCCACGUCGUUUCCCCAAUCUUUUCAUCGAAGGCGAGUUUAACCAGUUCGGGUAUGACGCUGGAUAUUCCAACAAAAUGACUCUAAGCAACGACACUGGUCUGUGGGAAAUCCACUUCAUGGGCGAAUGGCCUGUGCAGGUUGCAUUCAACGCCUGGGGGUUAAACGAAGACGGCCUGCCUGAUCAAACACAGGUGUUUGGGGACAUCGAUGGAGACAAUGUUCUGGAUCAAGUUCCUCCAGUCACUCUCCUUAGCAAUGUUUUCAACGUCACCAUCCCACCUCCUUCGCCCUAUCUUGCCUUCAAGCUGUCAGUUGGUGACGGUGAUCUCAAGGUUUACGCUACACCCACAGGAUCAAGAUGGGUACAGCUGGCCAUCUUCAUCAUUCUAGCAAUUGUGCCUGUUACUACCGCAUUCAGUGCGGUGUUUGUUUACCUGAAGGCGUUCUACCAGGUGAAGUUCAACCAAAUCGGUGUCACGGAGAAAAGAUCGAGUUUCGCUCCCCUUGUGGGCGUCUUUAACAAGGUUGCCCAUCGAUCCAAUGACAGAGAAUCCAAUUCUGGUCUUGCUUUAUCCAAUGUGGGUCCGUUUCCAUCUGAGGGUGGAGGCGUUGUUGGUGCCACGGUGAACACCCACCGACGAACUGUGCUGAUUGCAACAAUGGAAUACGAUAUCGAAGAUUGGGCCAUCAAGAUCAAAAUUGGUGGGCUUGGUGUAAUGGCCCAGCUUGUCGGGAAACACCUGACCCAGCACGAUCUCAUUUGGGUCGUCCCUUGUGUUGGAGGCGUCGAUUACCCCAAGGACGAUCCCCAAGAACCGAUGGUGAUCACCGUUCUGGGAAAUCAAUACCAAGUUGAUGUCCAGUAUCACCGGCUGCACAACAUCACCUACGUCUUGUUGGACGCGCCUGUGUUCCGGGCUCAGACCAAAUCAGAGCCCUACCCUGCCCGCAUGGAUGACUUGAACUCGGCUAUAUUCUAUUCUAGUUGGAAUCAAUGUAUUGCCGAAGCAAUUAGGAGAUUCCCGGCUAUCGACCUCUAUCACAUCAAUGACUACCAUGGCGCCGCUGCUCCUCUCUACCUCUUACCUCGCACGAUUCCAUGCUGCCUAUCUCUGCAUAAUGCUGAAUUCCAAGGACUCUGGCCAAUGAAAACCUUGAAGCAAAGUCAAGAAGUUUGCAGUGUCUAUAACCUUGAUCAUGCAUUGGUGAAAAAGUACGUGCAAUUUGGCGAAGUGUUCAACCUUCUUCAUGGCGCUGCAAACUAUCUGAAAAUUCACCAAAACGGCUUCGGUGCUGUCGGCGUCUCCAAGAAAUAUGGCAAGAGGUCGUACGCUAGAUAUCCCAUUUUCUGGGGUCUGAAGAACAUUGAAGCACUACCGAACCCUGAUCCAUCAGACAUCGCCGACUGGGACCAAAACGCAAACAACAGCCUCGAGGACGUUGUCAUCGAUAUGGAGUUUGAAGCCAGUCGUGCCGCACUGAAGAAGCAAGCACAAGAAUGGGCAGGGCUUAAAGUGGACCCAGAGGCCCAGUUGUUUGUGUUCGUUGGUCGUUGGUCCAUGCAAAAAGGUGUCGAUCUGAUUGCAGACAUUUUCCCAUCUGUCAUGGACGCUCACCCAGAGGUCCAGUUGAUGUGUAUCGGCCCAGUAAUUGAUCUCCACGGAAGGUUUGCCGCGUUGAAAUUGAAUCGACUUGUUGAGCUUUACCCUGGACGGGUCUAUUCCAAGCCAGAGUUCACUGCAUUGCCGCCCUUCAUCUUCAGUGGCGCUGAAUUUGCUUUGAUUCCUUCGCGUGAUGAGCCGUUUGGUCUGGUGGCUGUCGAAUUUGGACGGAAAGGAGCCUUGGGCGUGGGAUCACGUGUCGGUGGCCUUGGACAGAUGCCAGGAUGGUGGUUCACAAUCGAGUCUAUGACAACCAAACAUCUGAUCCAGCAGUUCAAGAUGGCAAUCAACGAUGCUUUGAAGUCGUCCCAGGAGACUCGAGCGCUCAUGCGAGCACGAUCCAGCAAGCAGCGGUUCCCCGUAGCGCAAUGGGUUGAGGAUCUGGACAUCCUACAAGCCACAUCAAUCGAGAAGCACACCAAAUACUCUAAACGCAGCGAUCGCAGUUCAUGGAGGUUCUCACAUGGUAGCACCCUUGUCCCAGAAAGCGUUCGCAAAGUCUCGCCGAGUUCAGACAACAGCCGCGAACAGAGCCGAUCGCGCAGCUCCACUGGGUCUGCCCCGCCGAGUAGGCCAAUGUUGUCCGAUAUGAGGCUUUCCGUGCCUCGGCCAGGGUAUGAUCAGGUUCCCUCGCCGACAAAUCCGUAUUUCAACAUCAAUAUGUCCGACAACGACCCCGACUCGGAUACCGACCCGAGACGAAAGCACUUGUCCUCCGAACCUGUCGCAGAUUCACGCAUCGUAUACUCUGCGGUGAACGACCGAGAAGAUCUCGAGCCAAUUUCUACUGGGGCAAUCCAAGAUGAUGGCAGUGUUCGUCCAUCGCCACUUGGGACGCCCAACUUUUAUUUCGCUCGAUCUGGCGCCAGCACACCGGUCCAUAAUGCCCUCGCAGAAGAUGGUCUGUUGGGCCGAAGAGACGCAAGGUCAUCCAUGAUGAGUCUGAUCAGUGUCGAUGAUAUAGUAAAGGAGAAACAAGACUACAACCUGCAGAAGGUUGAUCCUUUCUUCACCGAUUCAAACAACGAGUACGCGGACAAGUUCCAACACAAGCUUGCGGAUCUGAAUGGUAAAAACUCGGAGGACCAGCUCUGCAUCGAGGAUUAUCUCGAAAAGAGUCAAAAAGACUGGUUCAAUCGCUACCGUGAUGUGAAACUGGGCAAGUCCCCCUUGCCGUCACCUGCUCCAUCUGUCUUUCGCAUCAAGGUUCGUGAAACUGGUCGAGCAGAGAGCCCGCCGGGUCCGGACCCGAAUGCCGGGCAAUUCCUUCUCCCAAAUAACUAUGUGCCUCCCACGGGUUUGAAGCGUUUCAUGUUAAUGAAGCUGGGUGAUUGGCCUGUAUACUCCCUCUUCCUUGCUAUCGGCCAAAUUCUCGCCUUGAACUCGUAUCAGAUCACACUUCUGAACGGCGAGGUUGGAGAGACAGCCGAAAAGCUAUACAUCCUGGCAUCUAUUUAUCUUGCGUCUUCUAUCGUAUGGUGGAUGGUCUUCCGUCUAGUUCCUUCGGUUUAUGUGUUGACGACGCCAUUCUUUAUAUACGGAGUUGCCUUCCUAUUUGUCGGUCUUGCCGGCUAUAUUGACGACAGCGUGACUAGAACAUGGAUCCAAAACGUGGGAACCGGCCUAUACUCUUUUGCAUCCUCGAGUGGUUCGAUUUUCUUUGCCCUCAACUUUGGAGAUGAAGGUGGAGCGCCUCUGAAGUCUUGGAUUUACCGAGCCACUAUCAUCCAAGGCACUCAGCAGUUAUUCAUCAGUUUCCUUUGGUACUGGGGUAGCUGGAUGGCAGCUGUCAAUCAAAAGGGUAGCACGCAGUAUGGCCUUGCCAUGACCAACCCAGGCGCUUUGCUCGGGAUUGGACUUGGACUUGCUUGUCUUUUGUGGCUAUUGGGUGCCGUGGUCUUCUUCGGACUUCCUUCAUACUACAGGCAAGCACCAGGUCAAGUGCCGACAUUCUACCUAUCGCUCUUCCGCCGUCGCAUCAUUCUUUGGUUCUUCUACAUGGUGUUCAUUUCCAACUACUGGUUGUCAGCACCUUACGGGCGAAACUGGCUUUAUCUCUGGUCCAGCAAGCAUGCAUCGGUGUGGCAAAUCGUGCUUCUCGUCCUCUUCUUUUUCAUCAUUGUCUGGGCGGCAGCUCUAUGGGUCUUCCACGUCUUUUCCAAGAGACACGCCUGGUUCAUCCCCAUCUUUGCCGUCGGUCUUGGUGCUCCUAGAUGGGCCCAGAUCCUAUGGGCAACCUCCAACAUAGCCACGUACAUCCCUUGGGCCGGUGGUCCCGUAGCCGGAGCACUCCUCGGCAGAGCACUUUGGCUCUGGUUAGGAGUUUUGGAUUCACUUCAAGGUGUCGGCUUUGGAAUGAUUCUUCUCCACACGAUGACUCGAUUCCAUGUCACUUUCACACUUCUAGCUGCGCAGGUAGUCGGCUCAAUUGCGACUAUCCUGGCCCGCGCGACAGCACCGGAUAAAUUGGGCCCUGGUAAUGUCUUCCCUGAUUUCUCCGCUGGUAUCGCAGCCGGUUUGGAAAAGGCAGACUUUUGGGUUUGCCUUCUUUUCAUGCUAUCCAUCAACGUGCUCUGCAUCUUCUUUUAUCGCAAGGAACAACUCGCGAAACCUUGA